UGAAGUGGCCCCAGACGGUGCAGGCAGCGCCGGAGGAGCAGAGCGGAGAGGGGGCGUGCUCGACAGCGGGAGGAGGAGAACCUGUUCACCGACUUCACACAACUUUCACUCCGCUCCGCCACGAGCCGGGAGCCGCCGCACGAGCUCCGGACCCGGGACCAAAAACACAGACUUUCACACUCGCUCCACAAAGUGUGUAGUUUUUUCUUUCUGUAGAGGAGGGAGGAGGGGUGUCCGAGGAUAAUCUUCAUCAUCACCACCACCACCACCACCACCAUCAUCAUCAUCAUCGUCAUCGUCAUGUCUGGAUCGUACUGUAAAAGUUUGUACCCGUUCAGCGGGGAGCAGCACCAGCAGGGACUGAACUUCGAGGCCGGGGAGAUUAUCAAGGUGGUGCAGGCUCUGCCCGGAGGCUGGUGGGAGGGAGAGAAGGACGGAGACAGAGGAUGGUUCCCGUCCAGUUACGUCCAGGUGCUGGAGAGGACGGCGUCCCUGAGUCAGCUUCCUGUGGAGGACCUCAAAGACCCCCUGCCUCCUCACUGGAGAUGCUACAUGUCUCCACAAGGGCGGCGAUACUACGUCAACACAACAAGCAACGAGACGACAUGGGAGAGACCGUCCAGUGUACCCGGGACCCCCAAAGCCUCGAUCCGACACAAGAACUCCCUGCCAGCAGUCAAUGGAUUUCACUCAGGUGGGAGUCCGUUGCAUCAUGUGGAGCAUUCGCACAACAGUCUGGUGAGGAAGAGCAGCGCAGAGCCACAGAGUCCGGGAUCCACGUCGCCCACCAGGAAGCAGAACAAGGAGACCACGGUAACGAUUAACUGUGUGACGUUCCCGUCUCCCGCCUGCAUGCCGGAGCAGCAGCUGCUGAAACCGGACGAAUGGAGCUACUGUGACUACUUCUGGGCUGAUAAGAAAGAUCCCCAAGGCAACGGCUGCAUCACAGGAUUCGAGGUGUUGCUGCAGAAACAGCUGAAGGGGAAACAGAUGCAGAAAGAGAUGGCCGAGUUCAUACGAGAGAGGAUAAAGAUAGAAGAAGAGUACGCCAAGAACCUCUCCAAGCUCUCCCAGAUCCCUCUCGCAGGCCAGGAGGAGGGGACUCUGGGGGAGGCCUGGGCCCAGCUGAAGAAGAGUCUGGCAGACGAAGCUGAAGUUCACCUGAAGUUCUCCUCAAAGCUCCAGAGUGAAGUGGAGAAGCCUCUGCUCAGCUUCAGGGAGAACUUCAAGAAGGACAUGAAGAGGUUCGACCAUCACAUCGCCGACCUGAGGAAGCAGCUGGUCGGUCGCUACGCAGCGGUGGAGAAGGCUCGGAAAGCUCUGGCUGACCGACAGAAGGAGCUGGAGCUGAAGACUCAGCAGCUCGAGAUUAAACUCAGCAACAAGAUUGAGGAAGACAUCAAGAAGGCCCGCAGGAAAUCCACACAAGCAGGAGAUGAUCUGAUGCGCUGCGUCGACCUUUAUAACCAGUCUCAGUCCAAGUGGUUUGAGGAGAUGGUCACAACAAGUCUGGAGCUGGAGCGUCUGGAGGUGGAGCGGGUGGAGAUGAUCAGACAGCACCUGUGUCAGUACACCACGCUGCGGCAUGAGACCGACAUGUUCAACCAAAGUACGAUGGAGCCGGUGGACCAGCUGCUGCAGUGUGUGGACCCCGUCAGAGACAGGGAGCUGUGGGUGAGGGAGAAUAAGACUGGAGACGUUCGGCCAGUGGACAUAGAGAUCUGAUCUCAGAGCACACGACCACGUUUACCCCAGAGACACACUGACCUGGAGCUACAUGCCUGAGACUGACUGUGCUGGGAUCCUGCCCCCCCCCCCCCCAGACUGUGGGAUGAGCCUCCACCUGUUGAGGGUGACGAUGUCAAAGAGUGAUGGGUCAUAGUUUUCUUUUACACAAGCUGAUGCUCAACUGUGAGAGUGACGACACUCAGAUAAAGAAGCGGCAACAAAGAACAUGUAACAUGUAAAUGUUUCUGUAACGCAGCUGCUGCUGUUUGUGCUUCUGCUCUGUGACUCUCUGAUUCAGUGAUUUAACAGAUGCUGCUGAACUACAUGAGUGUUUUAUGACUGUGUGUAGGGACUAGGCUAAAGUAUUUUAAUAUAAUUAUCAACCAUGUGCAUGUAUUUACCGUUUGCUAAGCACCGCCCCCCUCUGGCUUUCUGUUGCCACGCCUGUCAAGCUUCCUGUCUCAGUCGGGUCCAGAAGUCUGAGACCAGUAUCCCAGUCACGUGGACAGGCUUUUGGACCCGACUGUAUCCAGUUUACAAAAAAUAAUAAAAUGGAUCUUCAAUAUCACACAGAAGUAAACAAAAGUAAGUUUCUCAUUUCUAGUCAACAACUGUGGAGUUUGUCGGUUGAUUUUACUGGCUGUAGUUAGCUUGCGUUAAGCUGAUGCUAAUGCUUAAAGUCCAGCUGCAGUUGAUUUCUUAAAGUUUACAAUGUGUUUUAAAACAAGAGCCUGCAAAAUGAUGUAAAAUAUGCAGCCUAACACUGAGAAUACAGGUGACACGCCUUAAAGUCAGCAUUCUCACGGGAUGAUGAUCCAUGUGAAGGACGUGGAUUUAAAGACGCAGUAUCAUUUGUGUGUUGGGAGCUCUGGUGUUGUAUGGUGUUAUAAUUAAUAUAACUGUUACAUGGUUUGAACACAUUGAAAAAUUUACUGGAAACAGGAUUGUUGUUGUAAUACUCAUUUUGGCCACAAGAGGCUGAAGUGCACGACUACCCCAGUCUAAAUCGGACUAAAAGAUUUCACUCUAGGUGAUUUUUAAUUUCUACAUGCAUUCUAAUCAUAAGGUUCAUGUAAUGUGCGUUAGCAAGUUAUGUAACAUUACUGUUUCUCCUUUUGACAGAAAUGUAUGUUAAUCAGCAAAGGUUUUCUGCCAGAAAUGCUUCAGGAAGUCAGUUGAGAUAAUAUGAAAUACACAAAAGAGUGACAAAGGAAGAUGGAGGAAUGGGUCACAUGUAGGACUUUCACCUGAGAGACUGGGGUACAAAAACAACUUCACCCAUGUAGAGGAGCUGCACACUCAUGUGCACCCUGAAUGACGGGCACAUAGAGAGGUCUGGUGAAGUUUCUGGAGCAUAAACUCAAACCAAAUAAGGAGCAGGAAGGAGCUGCUAGCGCUAAACUCUGAUAUGUCUGUGAUUCCAUAUAAUAGUGAGCUGCUGACAGGCCCCUUACUAUUGGAAUUAAUGCUUGGGCAGUAAGCUUGUUGGUUGGCAUGCUAAUGUUUGUAGCUUAGAUUAAUCCAGAGAAGCACAUUGUUUAUUACAUUCAUUACAAUUUUGCUUUUGUGUUUUUGCUUUUGGAAAAGUUUUUUUUUUUUUUUUAAAAACACCAACCUCCAAACUAUUUAGUUGAAGCUUGAUGGGCCAGCUAGCAUCACAAAUCUGGCUACUGUUAGCAUCUCUGAAAGAAAAACAUGUUUAUUUUACUUCAUUCCUAAUGAGAAUUAAAAAUCAGCCAAUUGCACUUUAUUCCCAAAUGAUUUUUAUUAAAUUUACUGUAAGUCACUGUUCAUAUGAAAGAGAACUUAAUCAUUUUAUUACUAAUGGAAGUGACAGUGUUUUAUGUUCAGGGUGGCCUGGUGUAAAUAAGUGAGAUGUGUGAUUUGCUAUGAAAAGGAGGCAGUGGAGUGAAGUGUAAAAUACAUAAAAACAUAUAAUAUACAGACGUUUGGUACUGAUAAUAUAUGAAAUCUAAGUGUUUUAUAUGAGAGAGAAUUGAGAGGUCUCCUGUGAUAUUUGCUUCAGUUGGUUGAGAGCUGCCGCAGAAGCUCCAUGUACAAACAGCUCUUUACUACCAGGUCUUAUCCAGUGUUACUGCUUAGUCUGACUUGACCAGUGAGAGACGAGGACUGAGAUGUUUUUGUACAUUAACAGCUAAAGGUUGGAAUUUUUCAUUAAUAAAAAUGAAAAUAUGUAUCAUA